AUAAAAAGUGACCUUGACAAAUGCGUAAAUAGAUCAGGUUUCGGCAGAGGUCCAUAACUUCAUGGUAUCAUCGUGAUACUAAAAAAACAGAAGAGUGCGUUCUAUCUCAAUUUGUUAUUCCAAUUUUGCUUAACUAUUAUUACCAGAGAGUAUUCAUUGAUGUUAACUGUGAAAAGUCGUCUUUAUAAGUAUGAACCUCUUUUUAUGCUGGUACUCAGGUUUGCAUUAAGUUGAUUUUUCCAUUCCAAAGCGUGGAAGGAAACGUUAUAACGUUGUUAUAACAAAUGAAAAUACUAAAAUUUCUUAGUAUGAUUAAUAAAUAUAGACACACUUCCCCAAAGUGUAAUGAGAUUCUGGGAAAAUUUUCGGGUUUUUGUGCCAUUUCUCCGAAGUUUACUAUGGCCGCUUCCCCGAAAUUGGGAGAUUGGAAAAGUUUCUAAACGUUAUAAUUAAAGUACUUUUCUUCUCGUUGAGUUUUAAUAAUGACCGAACGCAAAGUCCUAAAUAAAUAUUUCCCUCCAGACUAUGAUCCUUCAAAAAUACCUCGUCUUAGAAGAGGCGACCGACGUAAACAGUUUAAUAUUAGAACAAUGGCUCCAUUUAACAUGAGGUGCAAUACGUGCAAUGGUUAUAUAUACAAAGCUAAAAAAUUCAAUUCGCGAAUGGAAACUGCAGAAAAUGUAGAUUACUUGGGCCUAAGACACUAUCGGUUUUACAUCCGAUGUCCUUUGUGCUGUGCUGAGAUUAUCUGGCGUACUGAUUUAGAAAGCGGAGAUUACGUCCUAGAAAGUGGAGCUAAAAGAAACUUCGAAGCAUUAAAAACGGCUGAAGAACUGGAAGCUAAACGUCAAGCUGAAGAGGAAGAGGAACUUGCUAACAACCCAAUGAAAUUACUGGAAAAGAGAACUGAUCAAAGCAAACAAGAGAUGGAAAUGGUCGAAGUAAUCGAAGACUUGAAACAGUUAAAUCAACGUCAAGCCACCAUGGAAGCAGAUCAUGUUCUUUUGAGGCAAAUGUGGCGAGAAGAAGAAGCUGUCAAGGAGGCUGAAAAAGAAGCAGACGAUGCACUAAUAAAGGAAUUACUUGCUUCAAAAUCCGAGCAAGUCCACUCAUUACCAUUGCAGUCUGGAGGUGAAAAUUCCUCUAAGCCAAUCAGAAUACCAGCUUUGAAAGAUCUUAUGAAAGUCAAUAGAAAGGAACCAGUAGAAUUUUUUUCCCAAGUUUCAUAAUCCUUCCGCUUCGUCUCCGAAUCUUAUUUUUCGCUAGAUCUAGUCAAUUUACGUUGUAAGUGGUAACGAGAAAAUAUCAGGACUGCUGUAAGUGCUGGCUACUUGGAGUUAGUGCUAGAACGGAUGUCUUUUGUUGCGCAACUUACUGUGUAUUAAAAAUGUCAACUUUACGUUUGUCGUUGUUCUUGCUGUUCCCUAAAUAAUUUUCUGAUUGUUCAAUUAGCGUAACACCAACACGUAGUUUAGACAAUUUUUUCUAAUCCUCAUUUGAUAAAGGGAUAUUAAUUAUACUUUUUUAACGUCGUAAGUGCACAAACUGAUAUGGUUUGGGUUCGAUUUUUUUUACCAGACACAUCUUUUCACACCAGUAAUAAUGCUAUGUCACAGUUCCUUCGUUAAUAAACAAAUGAAUUAAAAUAAACUUUAUGGGAGUUUGUCAUACAUUCGAACUUUAGUUACUUCUCGCCAUGUUUCUUGAUAUUUUUUAAACUAAAUUUCUAGUCAACAUUAGGGCUCAAAAUUGAUUUUUCUCUUAACUCUAAGAAAACUGUAUAAGGGACAUUAUGUGCAAGUGUACAGUCUCACUAGUUGCUUUGUAAUCUUCAUUUACAUCACUGCAUAAUUAUCUUACAAUUAAUUUAUAGUCAUACUGUCUUGCUUCAAUAAUGUGUAUAUAAAUUAUGGUUGUAACCAUUCAAUAAAUAUCCAGUUAGUUGGCCAGAGAUUCUCUCUUUUGAUAACUAUCCAUUUAUUAUUCAGGUUUGUUAGUGGUCGUAUGUAGAUGGGAUAAUUUUAAACCCGAAUGUUCAAAGUUCGUUUUAGAGUUUACAGAAUGGUUUGUAUCACGGGAAUUGUUUAUAACUGUUUCAGAAUGUGCGACCUAAAUAUGUAGUAAUUAUGGUAAUGAGAAUGGUAUGGUCAUAAAAGUGUUAAGUGCAUGUUAACAUCGUGGGCUUUACUUUCUAAAGUUACCUGAAGUGUAUAUCAGACUCAUUUAGACUACAAUAUUAAUAAUCCAAAGUAAAAUAACCAACAAAUAUAUAGGCUUCGCUCUGACCGACCCAAGCCCGUGUCAGGUAGGGUUUCCAACCAUGAAUUGCGGUUAUCGCCGGCGACACUACUGGACAGUUUCCACCUCGGUACAUCUUCAAUCAGUAGUGACUUUAUCAGUCAGUCAGCUACAACAUAGGACCAGGCAAAUAUAUGCAUCGGUCCAAGUUGCCCUACCUCAUUAACACAACAAGAUGA